AGGCAAAAGCUAAGAAUGGGGGAAAGAAAAGUUGUGAAUAAAUACUAUCCUCCAGAUUUCGAUCCGUCUAAAAUACCACGAAGAAGAAGAAAAAUAGGGCAACAAAUUAAGGUUCGAAUGAUGUUACCCAUGAAUGUUCGUUGUAAAACUUGUGGGACUUACAUAUACGAAGGAACCAAAUUUAAUUCCAAGAAAGAAGAUGUUAUUGGGGACACAUAUUUGGGUCUGAACAAAUUUAGAUUCUACUUAAAGUGCACUAAUUGUUCGGCUGAGUUAGUGAUCGUGACGGAUCCACAGAACAAUGAUUACGAAGCUGAAGCUGGUGCUACACGAAAUUUUGAGCCAUGGCGAGAUCAAGGACUGGAAGAGCAGCCUCCAUCGGCAUAUCUCGAGAACAGAAUGUUGGACUCGAAACGGGAAGAGGACAUGUUGGCAACCCUUGAUGAGUUGAAAUCUAUGAAGUCGAGGCAGGGUAAAGUAACUGUUGAUUCAAUGCUAGCGGCCACGCAGCGCCGAGCUGAGGCCGAGGCCGAGCAGAUGCAGAUGCAGCAGGACCAGGAAGAGGAUGAGGCCCUUAUUCGUUCAAUAUUUCAGGUACGAAAGAUUCAUGAUGAUGAUGAUCUUAGUGUGAAAAAACGCAAACUUUGUGAUCAAGUAGCUAGUAUUAAACCACCAACAAUCACGUUCAAUGUGACAAAGAAACAAGUUAAUGGCCUGCAGUUACUUUGUCAAUAUGUUGAUGAUGAUGAAUAAUUAAGCAUAUUGACUAAUUACAUGGGAAUUGAACGUACAAUUUUUCAGAUUUGGAUUUAAAGAUAAUACUACUUGUUUGUUAGUGUAAGAAUAAUGUUAAUAAUUUUUGUUUGUAUGACAUACUCUUGAUGAUUUUCUAAGUUGCAAGUCUCGAAUUAUAUGAUUUUUAAGUUUGUUAGAUCGUCAAAAAUAUGAACAUAUAUAACAUUUGAUACAUGGUAGUCUGAUAUUAGUUUAGAUUCUGGCCGGUAAUUGAUACAUGCUACUAGGUGUCAAUUUAUUUUUU